AUGGAGUCCGAGGCGCAAAGAACCGUUUCCUCUCCUCCUUCAACUCCAUCAGUCCUUGACGACAACAAAAUCUCUUCGGCCAUGGUGUAUGUGUUUCAUUCUAUGCUAUAUGCCUCCACAACACACGCCUUUCACCAGAGAUCACCAUCUGCCUCCUCCUUCACGGAGAGACCACGUCCAUCAACUUCCUGCAAAAGAAGAAGCCCAAUGUGGAAAGAUUCAUCAGCAGAAGCCCAUCUCAACAUCAUACCGGCUCUUGUCAACGCUUUAUCUUUAGGCGUAUGUUGUGUUGAUCCUUCCUCUGUGAUGAAGAAACAACAGUCCAUAAUUGUCGGGUUAUCCACGGAUUAUGUUGACUUAGAUUCUAGAGUACUGCCAACUUUCCGCUGUAUCCCCGAAUCUACAUCCGCGGCUCUAGAGUAUUGCCAUCUUACCGUUGUAUCCCCAAAUCUCUGA